GUGAUAUAGGAAGGUACGCUGUUUCGCGCUACAGAGCUGUAAAAUGAACUGGAUUUAAAAAGUAUUAAAAACCAUUUCUUUCCUUUUGGGGUGAAGAGGAACAUGACCAAAACUAAUUCGUACAGGAUGGCACUUGGAUACUGUGAAACUUCUUUCUUCUGUUCUCCGUACAGUAGCGACGUCGUAAUUAGCUGACCGAUUUUUCAGUUUUGGAUAUCGCACAACUCCAGAAGCAAGAUAACUCUGAUAACCAGGUGAAUGUGAGACAUGAGGCUCUGCAAAAUGACUGAAUGACUGUCCAAGAUGAGAGGAUGGAUGACGUGAACAGCCCAAUCUCUGAGCGCAAAGAUGCCAACGGCUUUGCCAACAAAGUAUAUAAUGUGUCCCAGGAUGUGGAGAAAGAGAUGGGCAUCAUGCGAGUUCAAGAACUCGAGGAGGUGGACAUCCCUGGUCCUGGUUCCGGUCCUGAUCCCAGUCCUGGUCCCAGUCCCAGCCCCUGUCAGCGCCUGGCGAAGGAGAGGGUGGACUUCAGCCGAAAGCCAAAAAACACAGGGAUCUGGAAGAUUCUUGCUAGGAGGAAGCCUCCUUCUGGGUGUGAGAGACGACCUCACUCCAUGAUCCUACCAGGCGAAGCCUCUGUACCCAAGCUGUCCUUUGUGGACAAAGUUAGGUCUCUCAAGAAGCUAAAGUCUAAAUCUAAGGCUAAGGUCUCCAAUGCUAAGCUGAACAGCCCCUUAGGGGAGGGACCUGAGGAAGAGUCUUUCUGCAGGGAUGACUCCACCCACAUGUACGUACCACGCAACUUCCUCAGGAAUAAAAUUAAAAGGCAUUCUUAUGCUGGGUGCACCAAAGAUUUUGACUAUUCAUUCGAGGACAUUGACUCCAUUAGUACUUCCGAAAAUGAGCCCAGAGACUUAUCACGGAAACAAAAUGGUUGUAAGUCACAGGAAGGAGUGUCUUACGCAAAGAAAGAUCACUCCAACUUCUCAAACUGUAACAACUCAAGUGGGCAUGAGGAGCAUGGCCUCAGUGAUUGCUCAAAGACACCACAGAGUGCGAGGAAGUCCAAAGGGGCAGAUGUCUGGAAUUACCUGAAAAAGAUCUCUUUCAUAGGGAAAGGAAGCUCCCACCAUUUGGAAAAGAGUUUUGACUCAGAAUUUCACACCUUUGACAAAACGAUUGAUUCAGACUGUGCGUCUGCCGACUUUGAGUGCGUCAAAGAUUCAAACCCCACCCCCAAACUGCCCCCAACAGGCAUUGAAAAUAAAGGCAGCCAUUUUGGAGGCCUAUUCCGGUUUUUCAGCAAUCCCUGA